AUGUCGAUAAGCUGUUCAGCAUUGAAUCAAAUAAUUCCGCCAUCAACCAGAAGUUCCGGCGAUGAAUUGACAAAUGGAACUUUUGAUUCUGCUGAUACGUCAAGUAGCAGUUCAGAUUCACUGUUAGCACCGGAACAUGAUGAUCUGGAUUUCCGGAUUCGACAACGACUGGAAGCUUCUCGACAAGGAAUGUUGCAGUUAGAAGCGCUUCGCAGAAAACACCAAAAAUUGAUGGAGGAAAUGCGUAUUCGUCUACCGAUUAGUAAGGAACGACCGUGUAAUGGUUCUGGAAAGUAUAAAGAGUCAUCAAUUGUAAAUUCUCAAACUGAGAUCAAGUUGAACGAUUUACGAUGUGACAGUCCAAUGAGCUGUUGCAUAAGUCAUCGAUCAUCUAUUAGCAUGGAUUCCGGAUGUGUUUCACUUUCUUCCGACUUUAGCAGUCAUUCACCAAUGCUUUCUAAUACAAACCGAAAAUUCUCAUUGGAAGAUCAACGAAAGAAAACUGACCAGAAUGUGACCACUGGAAAGGUUGAAACGGAUGAAAAUCCGCAACUUGUGGCUAAGGCAAUUGAAAGUACCACAGCGAUGCGCUGUCACAGAAUAAAGUGUUGCACGAAUUGGUCAAGAUCGAAAUCGAUGUGCUUCAAUGAUUCCGAUGAAAACAACGCCGUUGUUAUCGAUUCACUUUCAUUUUCACAGAUCACUCCACCGCCAAUUCAUCGGAAAUUUUUUACCGUUGGAAGGUCAGAAAGUGUUCAGACUCGUCCGUGUUUGGCCGAUAUCCAUUCUCCGCAAAAGGAACAAUCGCCGAUAUGUUUUCCGAUUAAUCAAUCGUCGGUACUGAAUGCUAAACCAAUCGCCAUAUCAUUAUCAUCGAAGAUACCAACAUCUCCGUGUAUGAGACUUAGAGAUCCUCAGAUACCAUUGCAAAAUUCACGAGUUAUAUCACAUCCCGAUAGUCAAUCAAUUUUUCACGCAAGCCGAAUAUUCGUUGAUCGUUCGCCACGCAUUGUGCAGUGUCGCAAACAACGCAUGAACAUUGAAAGGCAGCAAAGUUAUGCGCAUUCGAAUGAAAGUUCACCAUGUGAACUACGGAAAGUAGAAAAUGUCAGUUCACAAUCAAAUAUCGCUGUUCUGGAAUAUCAUCAGCAGCUCAAUCGUUCUGAAAGUUCGCGGAGUUCCGAAACAGCUGUAUCUGAUCGACUUCGUCGUCGAAAAAUGGAAAAAGACUGGAAGGAAUCUGAGGAUCUGUAG